AAGAAAUGCCAAGGCGGUUUGCGAGUAUCAAUCGCGGCUGUGAUCUUUAAUAGCGAGCUCGUUCGCGCAAUCAUGGACGAUCGCCGUAACAGCCGGGAAGUGGCCACUGUGUUGUUUCUUUGCUUGCUGUGGUAUGGGAUAUCGAGUAGCAGCAAUGUGGUGGGCAAGAUGCUGCUCUCGGAGUUUCCCUAUCCGAUGACAGUGACCAUGGUUCAGUUAACCUCGAUCACCAUCUACUCCGGACCAUUUUUCAACCUAUGGGGCGUACGAAAGUAUUCGUCAGAUAUCUCAUGGGGUUAUUAUUUGCGGCUGAUCGUGCCCCUUGCGUUGGGUAAAUUCGUGGCGAAUGUGUUCAGCCACGUCAGCAUCUGGAAGGUUCCCGUUUCGUAUGCUCAUACUGUGAAGGCUACAAUGCCCUUCUUCACUGUAUUCCUGUCAAGAAUAAUAAUGAGGGAGAAGCAGACCUGGAGCGUGUACCUUAGUCUAGUUCCAAUCGUCGUAGGUGUAGCUGUUGCUACUUUGACGGAGCUUAGUUUCAACAUGAUUGGUCUAUUGAGUGCCUUAGCGUCAACCAUGGCAUUCUCUUUGCAAAACAUUUACUCUAAGAAGGUGCUGCACGACACAGGAAUACAUCAUUUGAGGCUUCUACAUGUUUUGGGCCGUUUAGCAUUGAUUCUCUUCCUUCCUAUAUGGUUGAUAUACGAUUUGAGGCUGUUGAUAUAUAGCGGGUCCGCGGAAUUGAGCUCCUAUAUAUUAGGCCUGCUGUUCUUGGAUGGUAUAUUGAACUGGUUUCAAAAUAUCAUCGCGUUCUCUGUACUUUCCAUUGUUACCCCUUUAACUUAUGCAGUGGCCAGUGCGAGUAAACGUAUAUUUGUGAUUGGAGUGACGUUACUUGUGCUUGGAAAUCCAGUGACAUGGUUAAAUAUAUUUGGAAUGGCACUGGCCAUUUGCGGGGUGUUGUGCUAUAACAAGGCCAAGUAUGAUCAGCGAAGAGAGAAAGAGACUCAAACAGCGCUUCCGAAGUAUUACGAUAAGAAUCGUAAUGGUACCAGUGGUUCCUUUAUGGUAAAUGGAUGGGUCAAUAAGAAAGAGCAAUCGUUUGCUGUCUAGUCCGAGUUAAAUUUGUUUCGUAUUGACAAGUUCACAUGAGUUUUCUUUUUUAUCACAACGUGAUGUUACAGUCAUGGUGAUGUAACUGUGGGUUAUUUAUAUUAAGCAUAGAAAAGGGAUGUAAUACCUUGACUAGAACAUUGCGGUAUGUUGCAUGAAAUCUGCAGAUCAAAACUCAUAUGAUGACAAAAGUAUUUAUUUAUAGAAUGUAUCCUAACAUGUGUAACUUUCUGCAGUGAUGGAUUGGUCCCAAUACAAGUUUACAGAUGUUAAGUUAUAGAAUUUUAUAAUUUCUAAAUAUUCUCGAUGUUUUAUCGAAUUCGUUGGCAAUCUUCUUCUACACGUUGCUGAAGCAUUUACACAUUGGUAUCGCCUUACAAUAAAAAAUCCAACAAAACAGGCAUACUAGACAAUAAAUUAUGUACAUUCUAUUCAACUGCUAGAAAAUCGUUCGUCAAAAAAGUAAUUCAAAGUAAUGGAUCUUUGACUUCUUAGUAUGUUUAUAAAUAUGAACCCUUUACAUUUUUAAUAUACCCCCAAUUUAUUACUGAAGCGAGUUUCACAUUUUAGGCUAUAUUCUGUAUAUAUAUUUUAAUAAUAUUAAUUAUUGUGCACAAAAGUGAAAUUCGCCUAUUUUACGAUUUCUGUUUUGUACUAUGUAGUUUAAGGAUUGUUUUGUACAAUUCUCCGUUGACGUUAUUUUAUGCUUCUCCGAAACUAGACCUGCUGGCAAGGUGGGACACUGUUUAAUUUGAAAUCGUUACCGUUUAUAGCUGAUUGCUGGGUCAAUUAGCGUCGGAAACGAUCAGUUGCUGAUUCGACAUUCCGGUUACUCCGAUAACAAAGGCGAAUAAUAGAUAAAUCGAAUUUCAAUCGUCGCGUUGUUUAAACACGUAUAUCAAAUGUCGAGUGGCAUUCGCAUAGUAUUCAUUAGGUAUUGCAUUAUAACUUUCGCAGCUGUUAACCCGCUAGUAUAAAACAAAAUCACUUUGGGUGGCUAGCGGUUGGAAUUUCGCGAAGCUAUUCGCUCAGGUUAUCACGAGAGAAUACGAUACUUUAACUCUCUAUGAAAGGAAUAUUUUCUUUGCCAUAUUCUUAGGAUUUUCAAUGACCCCGAUCGACGAUUGGAACACCUAUUCGUUCUAGCGAUCAAUACUUUUUCCAUAGACCACGUUAAUACGUUGAGCGCCACGUCACUCAUAUGUGGGUGACAAGGAUUUUCACUAAGUAAUGAAAUACAUUAAUGUGUUAAGGGGGUCAAAUAAAAUACAAAAUAGUGUUAAGGGGUGGCACUCGUGUGGAAAUCAACUACCAGUAAUUUUCUAGAUAAAAAUUUGAAAAUAAGUAUUCUUAUAUAGCUUUCGAAUUAACACUAAACCUACUACGACGUUGGCAAGUUUAGUGUUAAAUGGUUUAAAAUUGAAUUUGAAGUCUACAGCCUUAUUUAUUCAACUCCUUUAAUUCGACUCCUUUUCGUUUGUAAAAAAAAAAAAGUUAAAAUUAGGAUAACUUUAUUCUUGAAGAAGUUAUUUUAAUUUUUAUAGGAGCCCGCAGUCUACAUAUAAGAAUACCUAUUUUUAAAUUUUCAUCUACAAAAUUGCUAGCUGACUUCCACAUGACACCCUUAAUUUACAUUUUAGAAACAUCAGAUUGUUUUAUAGAGGGUUAAUGAACGCGCGUUCGUCGAUGUCCUACAGGCGUGAACUCGUGUGUGGUGUGCGUGGAUUGUGUGCAGGAGAAGAUGUUCUAGCUAAAAGCAAUCUAUACAUUUAUUUUUAUAAAUAAAAUACAGGUGUGUACAAAAAUAUACUAGAUACGUUCACCGGU